UUUUGAUCAGAAAUGAAACUUAACACGGGGAGGAAGUCCACAUCGAAAGACACACAUUCUCACUAGGAGGGAGUAGAAACCUGUGAGCAGAGGGAACGCUCCGCAACCUAAAGACAUGGCCGCCGUCUCUGUUCCAAACAGCGAUGCCACGCUGGAGAAGAAUCUGACCUGCUCCAUCUGCAUGGAUAUAUUCACCGAUCCGGUCACAACGUCUUGUGGUCACUCUUUCUGCAAGAAGUGCCUGGAGCGCAGCAUCUCCCCAUAUCAGGUGAACGACAUUUGUCCGCUUUGCAAAACAAAACUCAACACCCCUCUAGAUGUUAACAUUGUGCUAAGAGACAUCGCCACGCAGAUGAAAAACACCAUUAGCAACAGGAGUUCAGGGGCCCCUGGAGAGGUACCAUGCGACGUCUGCAAGGAGCCGAAGCAGAAGGCGACAAAGUCAUGCCUUGUGUGCCUCGCCUCAUAUUGCCCAGACCACUUGGAGAACCAUUCGAAUCCGAGACUGAAGGGCCACAAGCUGGUGGAACCAGUGGAGAACUUGGACGAAAGGGCCUGUCUAGUCCAUGGACGCCCGCUUGAGCUGUACAGCAGGAAUCAGCAGAGGAGCAUCUGUGUUCUAUGUAUGGAAGGAGGUCAGGAUGACGUGGUCUCCACAGAAGAGGAGUGGCUCAAGAAGAAGACUGAACUUGAGAACACCAAGAAGGAUUUAGAAGACAGAAUUGAAAUAAGAAAGAUGAAGAUGGAUGAGAUAAAGAAAGCUCUCGAGAAGUGCAAGGACCUGAUUGAAAACGAGUGGUGGGAUAUCGAAGCUGUUUUCACAGCACUGAUUAACAUUGUGGAGGCAGCCCAGAAGGAAGCUCUUAGGUCACUAAAGAACAGAAGGGAGGCAAUGGAAAAAGAAGCAAAAAACUUGAACGAUGAGAUGGAAAACGAAAUCAACAAAAUUGAGAAAACAAUCACAGAACUAGAUGACAUCUCAUCACUAGAAGAUCACAUUCUUUUCUUAGAGAGAUACCCAUGUCUGUCAUAUCAGGAUGACAUGACUGACUGGACGGAUGUUGAACUUGACACCACCCUGUCUUUUGGCUCCAUGAGAAAAACUACAACAAGAAUGGUUAAAGAAAUCCAGCAGGAGCUGGAGAAGCUGGACACCACUGAAAUCAAAAGACUUCAAAAGUUUUCCGUGGACAUAAAGCUGGACCCAGAGACCGCACACCAACGCCUCAUACUUUCACCUGAUGGGAAGAAAGUACAAGAUGGAGGAGAAAACCAGGAAGUGGCUGAUUCUCCUGAGAGGUUUGACGAGUUUGGUAGCGUCCUGGGACUCAACAGCUUGACUACUGGAAAGGCUUACUGGGAGGUGGACGUCAACAACAAGAGCGGAUGGGAUCUAGGUGUAGCCAGAGGCAGCGCCGACCGUAAAGGGAAACUGACGCUGAGCCCAGAGAAAGGUUACUGGGUUCUGGUGCAUUAUGAAGCGGAGAACUACGCCGCUAUGACAGAACCACCCACCCGUGUUUCCCUCGAUAGGAAACCCAAUAAGGUCGGGGUGUUCGUGGACUACGAGGAAGGUCUCUUGUCCUUCUACGAUGUAACAACAAAGUCUCACAUCUACUCGUUCACAGAGUGUUCGUUCAAAGACGAGCUCCACCCGUACUUCAGCCCACACAUGAAACAGGAAAAGACGAACUCUGAGGCUAUGAUUAUUUCAACUGGAAAUAAAAUUCCUGAUGUCAAUAUUCUGCUGGAAGAUAGGGCCCAAAAGAUGAAGAGCACAAAAAGUGUAGAGUGUGCCACGGUUGGGGAAGUUGCUUGUGACAUCUGCACCGAGCCAAAGCUGAAGGCCGAGAAGUCCUGCCUUGUGUGUCUCACCUCAUAUUGUGCGCCCCACUUGGAGAAUCAUCAUUCAGCUAAAAGACUCAAGGGCCACAAGCUGGUGGAACCGGUGAAGAACUUGGACGCAAGGGCCUGCCUGACUCAUGGACGCUCACUUGAGCUGUACAGCAGAAAGCGGCAGACGUGCGUCUGCGUUUGCUGUAUCGAAGGAGGUCAAGAGGAAGUUGUCUCGACGGAAGAGGAAUGCCUAAAGAAGAAGGCUGAACUUGAGUGGACCAAGACAACAUUACAACAAAGAGUUAUGAUGAGAAAGACAAAGAUGGUGGAGAUCAACAAGGCUCUGAAGAGUUGCAAGGAGCAGCUUGAGUGGUGGGACAUUGAGGCAGUGUUCACUGCUGUGAUUGCCAUUGUGGAGGCAGCCAAUACAAAAGUAGUGAAACCGCUACAGGACAGGAGGGAUGCGCUUGAAAAAGAAGCGAAAGACCUCAAAGACGAAUUGGAAGCUGAAAUCAACAGACUUGAGAUGACGAUCGCUGAACUGGACAACAUAUCUGCGCUUGAGGAUCACAUCCAUUUCCUACAGAGGUACCCAUCCAUUUCCAUCCGGGAUGAUAUGAAAAACUGGAAUGAUGUCAAACUUGACACUUCAGUGGCUUUUGGUUCCAUGAGAGGAAUCGCAACAACUAUGAUUGAAGAAAUUCAGCAGGAGCUGGAGAAGCUGGUCACCACUGAACUGAACAGACUCCAAAAGUUCACAGUGGACAUAAAGCUGGACCCGGAGACUGCAAACCGACGUCUCGUACUUUCGCCUGAUGGGAAGGAAGUACAAGAUGGAGGAGAAAACCAGGAAGUGGCUGAUUCACCGAAGAGGUUCGAUGUGUUGGGCAGUGUACUGGGACUCAACAGCUUGACUACUGGGAAGGCUUACUGGGAGGUGGACGUCAACAACAAGAGCGGAUGGGAUCUAGGUGUAGCCAGAGGCAGCGCCGACCGUAGAGGGAAACUGACGCUGAGCCCAGAGAAAGGUUACUGGGUUCUGGUGCAUUAUGAAGCGGAGAACUACGCCGCCAUGACAGAACCACCCACCCGGGUUUCCCUUGAAUGGAAACCCAAUAAGGUCGGGGUGUUUGUGGACCAAGAGGAAGGUUUGGUCUCUUUUUACGAUGUGACAGCCCAGUCCCAUAUUUACUCUUUCACUGAGUGUUCAUUCAGAGGUGAGAUCUACCCGUAUUUCAGCCCACACUACAGACAGGGUGAGGCGAACUCUGAAGCUUUGGUAAUUUCUUCUGGUCACCAUUCAGAAAUUGUUUAAUGGACUCAAUUGUUAGCUCAGCUAACUUCCUUCCCACAUCACCAUAACUCAGGUCAAGUCUCAAUUAUCAAUAUGGGCAUUUUUCACUAUGGUUACUCCUUAAUACAACAAUGUAUUACCUUUCACAGACUACUUCAACACAACUAUUGUUCCCUCACUUACUGAUGGAAAUGUAAAAUUGAAGUGAAAUAAAAAAUGGAAUUUAUGACAUGUAAUUUCAAAUGUUCCCCCCAUUUUUAUUAACCACUGUUUGCAGUGUAUUCAGUUAACAAUGGAUGGAUGCAAAAAAUAAAAAAUAAUGCUGAAAUUUGAAAAUAAUUUUAAAAUAAAUAAAAACAUAUUUAUGUAUGUAGAUCUUUGUAUCCUUACAUAUUGUCAUCUUCCUAAGAUAAUGUCCUACUUCUUUUUUUUCUUUUUUUUUUUGGGUUUUGCCAAAGGUGAUUCUGAUCAAAGGAAAAUAAAUAAAUAAAAUGAACAGUUUUGGCCAAAAAUGAUUUCGGCCAUUGUUUUAGGAAAGUGAAGAUAAGGUACAUUAAUAUUUGAUGGAGGUGAAAGGGAUAUUCAGUUUCUGUUUGAGCACUUCUGCUACAACAUAUCAGUAUCUUGGUUGUUCACUAAAAAUAUAUUUUUUUAAAUCCAUCUCUUCCACACAUAACCCAACAUUUGUUGUUGUGAAACCGCCUAUCCUCGCAAAUAAAGUUUGCUUUCUGAAAUAA